CUGGGUAGGAAAUAUGGCGGACGCAGCUGAUCGUUUCGAGUUAGAAAGCUACCUUAUAAAAAAGGCCCCGCCAAAAGCAUUCUACAUUCCGAACUUCAUUUCAGAAGACGAGGAAAAGUUUCUUUUGGAUCAGAUAAAUGGUGCUCCUAAGCCAAAAUGGACCAAGCUGUCUGGAAGAAGACUUCAAAACUGGGGUGGUCUGCCUCACCCAAAGGGAAUGGUCCCAGAAAAACUGCCGAGGUGGCUGGAAAAACAUACAACUCAAGUUGGAUCCCUGUCAGUUUUUAACACUGUCACUCCAAAUCAUGUUCUAGUGAAUGAGUAUGAACCUGGUCAAGGCAUUAUGCCUCACGAAGAUGGUCCAUUGUUCUACCCAGUGGUGUCAACAAUAAAUCUUGGAUCUCACACCUUUUUGGAUUUUUACCAUCCUUUGAAUAAGAGGGAAGAGAAUACAGAGGAGAACUCUUCAUCAUUAACACUGGAUGAACGUUAUUUUAUGUCACUUUUAUUGGAGCCCAGAAGCCUCUUCAUCUUGACAGAAGACCUCUAUCACAAUUACUUGCAUGGUAUUGCAGAGAGAACUUAUGAUGUUGUCACAGAUAAGGUGGCUAAUCUAGAUGCCUGUAAAAAUACUAUACUUGGGGACACUUUACAACGAACUACAAGAAUUUCACUUACCAUUAGAAAUGUGCCGAAGAUUCUUAAAUUCAAGAUUAAUCUGGGAAGAUAACGAGAGCUAUUAUGGAAUUAAAUUCUG